AUGCCCAUCUUGGCCACUAUUCAAGAUGUCUUGGCCGAGCUCAUAGGUCCAUGGACUUUCAUGGCCAUAUCUUUCUCUCAUAUUCCUGCGACAAUUCGUGGGCUUAUCCGUGACAAGAACUAUCGCGCACUCUUCUCCUUCGAUGGAUUCCGCGAAGCCCUGUUUGGCACAUUUUGGGCCACCGUCGGGCCAAAUGUCAAGCUCAACGGCGAGCAGCGUGUCAUUCCUCUUCUUGAAGGUCGUAUCAAGGGCGGUGUCAUCCAUGACGACGUCGUGAGCACUCCGGUUUACGGCACUGUCAUCGAGGUCGGCGCCGGAAGUGGCAUGUGGGCAGAUGUUCUUGCCCGUUUCCGCGAAAACACCAGCGACGCAGACAACGCAGCCGGCCUUCGCAACAGGAAAACCACGGGCGGCCACAUCACCAAGAUUUAUGGCGUAGAGCCCAACCCUAUUUCUGCUAAAGCGCUCGAGAAACGUGUCAAGGACCUUGGUAUGGAUGACAUCUAUCAAGUCGUCCCCGUCGGUAUCGAAUCUGUUGAUGACCCCUCUGCAUGGAACGGAAAGAUUGAGCCGGGCAGCGUUGAUUGCAUUGUGGGCGUUCUUUGCCUGUGCAGCAUUCCCGAGCCCGAGAAGAACAUCAAGCUCUUGUACAAGCUGCUCAAACCAGGCGGCCACUGGUACGUCUAUGAGCAUGUCAAAGUUUGGCGCGGAGGCCCGUUGAUCAGCCUAUAUCAGCCAUACCAUAGGCUGACCGUGGCCGACUCUCCAGGCUUCGUCAACAUCGUCUGGCCACACUUCUUGGGCGGAUGCCAACUUUGUCGCGAUACCGAAAAGAAUCUUAGGGCCGCCGGUCCCUUCCAGGAGGUCGAUCUCGCACAGCCCGCGGAACGUUCGUCUUCGUACCAGGUCUUGCCUCACAAGAUUGGCACUCUGACCAAAUAA